AUGCCGACCCUCCACGCCCUCCACCCCACCCUCCCCGCCAGCACCCCCGCCAUAAUCAGCGCGCCAAUGCUCGCCAUCGCCUCCCCCAACCUCGCCGUCUCCGUCACCCGCGCCGGCGGCCUCGGCUUCAUCGGCGCUGGCUUCGGCGUCUCCAGUCUCGAAACCCUCCUCUCCCAAGCCGCCGAACUGGUCUCGAAGCCCUGCUCCUCCCCACCCAUCCCCAACUACACCUACAAAAAAGACGACGACGACGACGACGAUACCUCCUCCUCCCCCCUCCCCAUCGGCAUCGGCCUGCUCAACUGGGGCGCAGACCUCGACCUCGCCCUGCCCGUUCUCGCCAAACAACCCCCCGCCGCACUCUGGCUCUUCGCCGCCCGCGACCCAGACCCCGCCUCGACCUUCGCGGCGUGGGCGCGCGAGGUCCGCCGCGCCACGCACAACCGCACCCGCAUCUGGAUCCAGAUCGGCUCCGUCGCUGAGGCGCUAGAAGCGGCCGCGCGCGCGCAGCCGGACGUCCUGGUCGUGCAGGGGAGCGAUGCGGGGGGGCACGGGCUGGCGCGCAGCGCGAGCAUCGUCUCGCUCGUGCCGGAGGUGAAAGACGCGCUGGUGCGGGCGGGGCACGGGGGGAUCCCGCUGGUGGCGGCGGGGGGGAUAGCGGACGGGCGCGGGGUGGCUGCGGCGCUGUGCCUGGGGGCGCAGGGGGUUGUGAUGGGGACGCGGUUCCUGGCGAGCGCGGAGGCGGCGGUGUCGCGCGGGUACCAGGCGGAAGUGCUGCGGGUGGCGGACGGCGGGGUGAGCACAGUGCGCACCACGGUGUACGACGCUGUGCGCGGGUAUAAUGCGUGGCCGGCGCAGUAUGACGGGCGCGGGGUGGUGAAUGAGACGUUGCGGGAUAAGGAGGCGGGGAUGGACGAUGCGGAGAACCAGAGGCUAUAUAAGGAGGAGAUGGCGAAGGGGGAUGCCGGGUGGGGCCCGACGGGGCGCAUGACGACGUAUGCGGGGACGGGGAUUGGCUUGGUUAGGGAGGUGAAAUCUGCGGAGGAGAUUGUGAGGGGGGUGGUGGCGGAGGCAAAGGAGAUUUUGGAGGAGGUUAAGGGCAGGUUGUGGGGAGGGUUAGAUGAAAAAUGA